UCGUCACAGAAAUUCAAGAAAUCUGCAAGAGUCAGAAGCUCAGGAGGAGUCGUGAGUCAGGGAUGUCGCUGGCAGCCGCAGCAUCUGGUCCGUCCGUUCAACAGCCAUACGUGGCGUCGCAUUCCAUCCCAUGGCCUCUCAAUUCCAUGGUCGGGUUGACGUGAAUUAGAUUUCAGUCCCGUGUCCCCCCGUGAAACCCCGUGUCCCCCCAUGUCCCAUGGCCUCUCAUCUCCCUCCAAACCUCCAACAUUGGACAAACAUGGACCACUUAUUAUCAACCACCAUCCACCACCACACAUCGACAAGCAUGGCUUAGACCACCAACCAAUACGGGCCACUCGGUUUAGACCGCCUCGAUAUAUCUCGCCAGACCGUCCCGAAGCCGUCGAACCGAAUCUCAGGGCGAACGUAGGGUACUUUUACUCGGCUCUAGAGCCUUAAGGUCGCACGUCUUGCGAACCGUAGCUGAGGGAAAGCAGUAGUAGCUGCUGGUCGCAUCGUCUGUCGAUUGUGAGCCGGUCAGCAUGGGAGCGGGACAGUCAACGGAAGACAUUGACCAGCUGAAAAGGCUGUACUCGCCUCCGGAGUGGGAAGAGCUGCAGCGCCUGUUUGUGUCACUCGCUGCACAGUCACGCAGCAACGGCCAACACAUCAUUGCCUCGGUGUUCCAGGCCUACUAUGGCAUUCACGGCAGUCUAGGUGCUCGUCUCUUCGAGAUUGCCACUCAGGGAAAUAAGGACGGCCUUAUGCGGUUCCAGGAAUUUGCUGCACUCAAGGCUGUGUUUGACAAGGGGUCUCCAGAGGAUAUUGACCGCAUGUGCUUUCAAGUCAUGGAUGUACUCAAGUCAGGGAAGGUCGACAGGCGAGAGGUCGAAGAGGUGAUUCGCAGUGCUCUCGCCACCAUAUUUGGCCCUCUACACUCCCCCCCAGUCGCGAUCAUCCAAGCCUUCGUCUCCUCUGCCUUUCCCACUGAUCCUCGCUCUAGCCCAGGGACUUCCCUAGCUUCCUCCUCUCCUCGCCCCUCUGCUGCUAGGUAUUCCGCUGCUCCUAGAUCUCUGCCUCUCUCGGGCAGCACCCAUCCCGCUGCAUCUGCCGCAUCAGCAGCACCUUCAGAGGGGCUUGUAGGAGUGGAGAAAAUAGAGAGGAAAGAGGCAGGGAGGCCAGUGCAAGAAGGGGAUGGUGGAAGAAGGGAGGAGAGAGUGGGGGAUUGCCCAGCUGGGGAGAAUGGUGGGAAAAUUUCAAGGCAUGAUGACACUGUCACUGGUGGUGGGGCUAAAGACCCUAGCACCGCCGGUGCUGGUAGUGCUGAUACCAUCGAUGCUGCAGAAGAUGGCAGGGAGCUGUCCUACCAGGAUGCCAUUCGAUGGUGGACCGUGGUUCCUGCAAUCAAGAAGUUUCUCCGAAGCCUCCUCACUCCUCCAGAUAUCCGCCCACCGUUGCCAUGUCUCGUCCCUCCACCUGUCACCACCAGUGCCCGCCACAUCAGCACAGAAGAGGGGGAGCAGCAGCAGGAGGAGAGGGGGGACACGUGGCUUCUCCAGAAGGAGCUGACGUGGCACAUAGCUGGUGCACUACAGGACAAGGAGUGCCGGGAGUGGUGCUUGCUCUACAGCAGCAAACUGCACGGCCUUAGCUUCAACUCGUUCCUGGGGAAGGUGUCAUCAGUACCGCAUCCCACCAUCCUGGUCAUUCGCGACUCUGCUGGUGCCGUCUUUGGAGCUUUUGCAUCCAAGCCGUGGGAGCGAAGCAGUGCUUUUUACGGUGACAUGCGUUCUUUUCUCUUCUCCUUCCUUCCGAAGGCUGCUGUCUGCAAAGCAGCCGGCACCAGCAACAACUUACAAUGGUGUGCGUCGGGCUUUGCAUCCGAAUCCAUCCCCAAUGGUAUCGGCCUGGGUGGCCAACCAGGCCAUUUCGGCCUUUUCCUCUCAUCUGAUUUCGACUCCGGUCACUCGCGCCCCAGCACCACUUUCAACUCCCCCUCACUCUCUUCCUCACCAACUUUCAGUGUAGAUGCAGUGGAGUGUUGGGCCGUGAACAGUGCAUCCCUUUCCGAUAGAAUUUCUGCUGGUGAGGGGGGUUCAGGAAUGCUUGGAUCGUCAGGGGCUGGAGUAGGGAGCGGGAGAUCGGAUGGUUCUGACAGUGCGAGGGGCACGGUGCUUGAUCGCUUUGGGAAGGAGCGUGCGAUGUUGGGCAUGAUGGGAAUCGCAAAUGCUAGUGAAAACAUUGGGAGAGACAAAGCGGAUUGUGAAUUAUAGUUCUGAGUUGGGGUGCAGGGGCAAGUUUUUAGUGCAUCAAAUUGCCGUAUCUACAGUUUGAUGUGUGUAACAAAGGACAAUCUAGAAU